UUCACAGAUUCAGUGCCCCUGAAAGAGGGGUCCUUGACUCGGUCUCCUGGAUCCAGUAUUAGUGCGUUCCCAUUUUUGGAAUCUAAACCUUGUCGGAUUGGAUGUUUCAGCCCUACCCCCUACUUCCUUCCUAGCUUAAUCGACUCUAGGUUCCAAGGUUGUCUUACCUCCGCGCCAAAACGCCAACUUCCAGGUUUCUAACAAUUACAUACCUGUGCAAUGUAGGACGACCGAUCUCACCCUUCUGAUUAUUUCAUUAUUGUGUGGCAAUACCUAUCAGACACAACAUAUUCUAAAUAUGAAUGAAACAUCGUUAUAUUAAACCUCCCAAUUAGGUGGUUUUUACUCCAACGACGGGCCUCAUGAAUGGAUCAGGGACCCCUAAUCGGAGCCGACUGACGCCGAAUCCACCCGGAGCUCACGAUGCUUCUUCUCAUAACGCCGCCUUGAAAGGUGCCUCACUUGCAUUCCAGAAAUCCACGCCGAAGAAAGAACCAAUUCCUCCGCCUUCCUCUCGUCCCGCAUCUCGAAAUAUCGAUAAUGGAGCUCUUAUCGCAGCUACCUCGGCUGCUUCAGCCUCGCGAGAUCAUUCACGAACCGUUAGCCGACAGACGACAGGCGGCAGUAUUCAAGGUGGAAAUAACGACAUCGAGACCGAACAACGGGCGGCGAGUCGAUCGUCAGUGCACAGUUUACAGCUACCGUCUCAGCGUGGCCUUGGCGCUUCUUCACACUUAGCUAUUGCGAACAAGCAGGCCAGCCCAGAUCCACGUUCUCCGUCCUUCAUAGCCGCAACACUCGCCGCCAGUAGAUCCGGUAGCCCGGUUCGCCAUCAAAUGACCCAAUCGAAGUCGACGCCUCAGCCGGUUGUGAGGCAACAGAAACACAGCGUCAGCGCAAAUAAUAGCGCUGCGAGCUCAGUCACGAGCUUUGACUUGGGAACGGAUUCGACCUCAAUCCCAUCAACGAACGCCUUGAUAUCAAUGUUUGAAAAGAGAGAAGACACAGACCCUAAGAAGAAAGGCAAUAUGAAGUCGGAUAAUAAGAAACCAUUCGGAGCAACGACCGCAACUCGAACUUUAAGUCCAUCGAGGGCCAUGAGUCCCAUCGUUAAGAACGAAUUAUCUCCGUCGAGACUCGCUAGUACCACGGCGUGGGAACGGGCAUCUCCUUCGUCUUCGAUGGUUGAUACAGUUCAAAAGAAGCCUCGCCAGCCUCAGAAUGUGGUUAUGGAAGCAAAGGCGCGUCCACCUGCUCCCCCACCAACAAGGACGAAGAAUAAGGUCCAGACGUCUACGCCAUCUAAUGUCCUAGAACCCAAAGGCAAACCACGCGCAUUGACGCCUCCGCCGAAACCUAUCAGCCGUGUCGAAACAGCGAUCCUUUCACCUCAACCAAGACGAAAUACUUCAAACCAGAUCAUACUUGAUGACAUACAGGCGCAAGGUUCUAUGUCCGAAGGUGUGACGCCUCCAACGACCAAACCUAAGUCAAAGCCUCCAGCGCCCGUACACGUCACCACAAAGCCAUCCCUACUAGAGGACGAUUCACGCCGAAUUUCAACCUCAUCAAAUGACACCUUCGUGUCCGCUUCCUCGGCGCCCUCACCCCAACCUAGUCCUCCACGACGAGGCAGGUCACGACCAUCAACCCCCGAUACAGUGCGGCCGGCACGACUUACGUCUUCUCGAACUACGUCUACAACCGUUACCGUCGAGCGUCCGCCAGCCCUGCCCCCACGACAGUCACGGCCUACUUCAACCCUACCAUUAGAGUCUCUCACCGACGCCAUCAUGGCAGGUUCUCUAGCAUCAUCACGCAUCACGCCUUCGAAGACACCUCCGCCAAAACCGCCCUCACGCAGACAGACGCCACACAUGCGUCAGACACUGCGGCAGCACACUUCUCAAUCCGAUGACGAGGAGAAACGCCGGGAAGCUCGAAAACUAGGUGGGAAAAAGAAGCAUUCUCAUCACGAGGGGGCGCGCAAGCGCUGGCGCGAUGAGAUCACGGCAAGAGAGAGGAAACGGUACGAGGGCGUAUGGGCGAGUAACCGCGGUUUGCUCCUAGUCUCGCCGGACGGGUCGAGGGCCUCGUCUACGAACGGACAAUCACAAGCACAAGCACGGACACAGGCAGCAGGAGAGGAUGAUAGGGAGCAGGGCGUGGCUAAUGUGGUGGUAAGAGACUUGUGGGCGCGCAGCCGCCUGCCGAUUGACGAGCUCGCGGAAGUGUGGGAUCUGGUGGAUAGGAGGGGUAAGGGGUAUCUAGAUCGCACGGAGUUCGUGGUCGGCAUGUGGCUCGUGGACCAGAGGCUCAGGGGUAGGAAGAUACCCCGGAAGGUCACGGAGAGCGUGUGGGGGAGCGCGAAGGGAGUUAGGGUUGUGGAGGUUAGGAGUAAGAAGUAGGAUGUUAGAAGAGAGUACGAGACCUGUACAAUUUAGGUGUUUGGGUUCGAUAAGGUUUUGUAGGGGUGGCUUGUAGGAUAAAAUAGACAGAUGGGUAUAUGGGAGGAGCAUAAAGCGGGUUUAAGUUUAAGCCCUAGGA